AGGCCCUGCCCCGCCGCGCUAAGGCCCUGCAGUUCCAAUGCUAUUGCCACAGAAACCCAGAAAGCAACAUGGCUGCCGCCGGCGAGGGAGAAAGGCAUGUGACGCUGCCGGCGGCAGCGGUCACCGAGACAGCUCCACUUUCGGCACAGCCAGCUGCUCCCAUACAACGGAAGCCUAAAAAGGGUCUGGUCUAUCCACACCCCCCGAGAAGAUCCCGCCUGUCUCGGUCCGUUCUGCGCUGGCUCCAGGGCUUGGAUCUCAGCUUCUUUCCCAGGAAUAUUAACAGGGACUUUUCAAAUGGCUUCCUGAUUGCAGAAAUAUUCAGUAUAUAUUUCCCUUGGGACCUUAAAUUAUCAUCCUUUGAAAAUGGAACCUCUUUAAAAGUCAAGUUGGAUAACUGGGCACAGUUGGAGAAGUUCCUGGCAAGAAAAAAAUUCAAAUUACCUAAUGAACUAAUCCAUGGAACUAUUCAUUGCAAAUUUGGAGUACCUGAAAUACUGAUAGAAGAGGUUUACACUUUGUUAACACACCGAGAAGUUAAAAGUAUCCAGGAUGACCUUGUGAAUUUCACCGACUAUAGUUACCAGAUGCAUUUACCGCUGGUUCCCAGAUCUACAGCUUCAAAGUCUAUUAAAGAUAACAUUCGGCUCUCAGAAUUACUAAGCAAUCCCAACAUGCUCAGCAAUGAGCUUAAAGUAGAGUUCCUCUUCCUUUUACAAAUGUUGCAAAGAAAAUUAAGCAGAAAAUUGAAUCCAAAAUGGUUUGAGGUCAAACCUACAGUUGGAGAACUUACUCUCCAUCAUCUUCCACCCCAACCUACUGAGCACAGAAAUAAUUCAGUGAUUUCAAAAAAUGUAACUGCUCCUGCUGUAUAUACAGGUAAUGGUGGUAAUCUACUUAGAGAAAUUCAAAGAAAAGCUGAAGAACAUUCUUUUGGGUCUGUAAUAAAAUCUAUCAGAAAAAUUGAGAAGAAAACUUGCGAAGCACCUGUCAAAAGUUACAUGAUUUUGAAGAAAUGA